AUGACGGUCGAUAACACCGCCUUUAGAACCGCUGUCGGCAUUGCUGGAAAUGUAAUCUCUUUCGGCCUGUUUCUUUCCCCAUUCCCAACAAUGAUGAAAAUACACAAGCAAAAAUCAGUACAAGCGUUCAGGCCUGAUCCAUACUUAGCCACUGUUCUGAACUGCAUUAUGUGGAUGUUCUACGGUUCCCCCGCUGUCACACAAGACAAUCUAUUGGUUAUUACUAUCAACGUCGCAGGUUUCAUCAUGGAGAUCGGCUAUGUUACCGUCUUCUUAAUCUAUUCUCCCUGGGCAAAGCGCAAGAAGAUUAUGCUGGUUCUUCUAGUUGAAGUAGUAUUCGCAGCUGUUGUGAUUUUCAUUACCUUGUUUUUCUUCCAUACCCUUAAAGAUAGAGCUAUGAUCGUGGGCAUUGUGUGUAUCGUCUUCAAUGUAAUUAUGUACACUUCUCCUUUAACAGUCAUGAAAAUGGUGAUCAACACCAAGAGCGUCAAGUACAUGCCGUUUACUCUCUCAUUAACCAACUUCUUGAAUGGUUGCGUCUGGGUUCUUUAUGCCAUUCUUAAAGCAGAUCCAUACGUCUUGAUACCCAAUCUUUUAGGAACAAUAUCUGGCAUAGUGCAGCUCGUAUUAUAUGCAACGUACUAUCAAACGACAAGUUGGGACCAGGACGAUGAAGAAGAUAGACCACCAGAGGUUCAACUCUCCAGCGCUUGAUAUAUCAAUGUAAAGACAAAUUGGCCCUUCUUGACAAUUCGACCGUGAAAUGUGCUG